UUCGGUAAGCGAUUACACGGCUUAUACUGUGUAGAUGCGCAACUCUGCUUAGAACCGAGCUGAGUGAAAAACUCGUCUCUGGAUGAGUCAGACUCAGUAUACGUCUUGCCGCGAAAGCGCGCAGUGCCCGCCCUACGACGACCGCCUGUUGCGUCUAACUUUUACUGUUCAAACAAUACCUAUACAUCUCGACUUAAGUAUAUUGUCAUAUUCGUUCUUAAAUGGUUGGACUACUUAUUAAGAUGUCACAGCAGGCGGUGGCGUGAGCAAUUGAAUAUUCCCGUAUUGCACGAAUCACUACAAUGGGAAUAUCCAAAAAUUGAAAAUGCAAAGUUCAAAUCGAACCAUCGACAGCGGGGAUCCCAAACUACAGUGGAUUACGAAACUCGUAGAAGAGUGCUAUUUUGGAAAUGCCAAUCAUAGCACGAUAUUUACUUCGAUAUCGGAGAUUGAUCAAGAUGGGGGUCCCUGGUGUCCGGCGAUGUUCGACGGAUUUGCCUGCUGGGACCCGACACCGGCGUCGGCAGUCGCAAAACAACGUUGUCCAGAAUUUGUCAUCGGGUUCGACCCCAGACGCUACGUGUUUAAGAGAUGCACGGAAAAUGGGACAUGGUACAUGCGUCCGGAAGAUAAAAAACCGUGGACGAAUUACAAUACUUGUGUCGACCUGGAAGACUUAGAUUUCCGGAGCAUCGUCAAGUACGUGUACGUGACAGGCUACUCGCUCUCCGUCGCCGCACUCAUACUCUCGCUAAUCAUCUUCUUCUAUUUCCGGUCACUCCGGUGCACCAGAAUUCGUAUCCACAUGCACUUGUUCACGUCCUUCGCUCUCAACAACAUCCUGUGGAUCGUGUGGUACAACACUGUGGUCAACGCAGUCGAUGUGGUCCGGAACAAUGAGGAAUGGUGUCAAGUACUCCACAUAGUCACAAAUUACUUUAUGGUGACGAGCUACUUAUGGAUGUUUUGCGAAGGCCUACAUUUGCACAUCGCUCUAGUUGUGGUAUUCAUAAAGGACGAGGUGGCGAUGCGCGGGUUCGUGGCGCUCGGCUGGGGGCUGUCGCUCGUGAUCGUGGCAUCGUACGCGACGGCACGGUACCUCACACCCGGCGCAACAGAUCGGUGCUGGAUGGAUCAAAGCGAUACUUUCUGGAUUAUUGUGGUUCCGGUUUUGGUGUCAUUAAUCUCUUCCUUCGUAUUUCUAGUGAACGUGGUCCGCGUCGUGCUUACCAAGUUAGCUCCCACGCCCAACCAGCAAGCUCGUCUGGCCGCGAGGAAAGCCGCCAGAGCCACGCUUAUACUUAUACCCCUGUUCGGGUUACAUUUUGUCCUAAUUCCGCUCCACCCAUCGCCGGGCGCGGCCGGGGAGAAGGUUUACCAGGUCUUCUCUGCAUUGCUCACUAGUCUACAGGGCCUGUGCGUCUCGUUCCUGUUUUGCUUCACGAACCACGACGUGAUGGUAGCCGUGCGCACGCACGUGUCCCGCGUCGUCCGCACCAACGACGCCAUCGCGCUCACAGGUUUAACGGCGGGAGAAAGCUUGGCCAAUACGAGGGAAAACGUUGUGUAAACAAUUGGUUACAAGUGGAAACUAAUAUAAACAAAGAUGUAAAUAUUAAAUAUUUACAUAUUAAUGAUUACCUAGCCGGAGGCCAGAGGUACGAGACAGAUUUUAAUUAUUCCACUAAGUUAGAGA